AUGGCUGAUGAUCCUCAAGACGUUGCUGACAGAGAGCGCCUUUUCAAGCGUUUUGAUGCGAACGGUGAUGGCAGAAUCUCUGCAGCUGAGCUCGGGGAAGCACUGAAGGCACUUGGAUCAGUAACACCAGAAGAGGUGCAAAGGAUGAUGGAAGAGAUUGACACUGAUGGAGAUGGCUACAUUUCACACGAAGAGUUCACAGAAUUUGCUAUAGCCAACCGUGGCCUAGUGAAAGAUGUUGCAAAGAUUUUUUAA